GCUGCCUGUGUUCCGGGACGGAGGCCCAGCAGCAAACCUCAUUCAGAAAACACUUCCAAGUGCAAGAGCCUUGACGUGCGCCCGGCGGGUUGCACAACCGCCGGCAGAGCCCGGCGCGGACGGGAACGCGUUCUUUCUUGCCGACAACACAGCACGAUGGGAGCCUGGCCGCGACGCAGGCGGCACACUUGUCCUCAGACGGCCGGGCUGACGCCCCAGGCGGGCUGCUUUGGCGGUGCGCCCCGCUUUCCUGCCGCUGCUGCUGGGUUGGGCUUUGUCACUCGUCUUUGUCAGGGACACAAAGCUCUUCCUGCUGAGCACACCCCUGUCUUUUCCUAGGGACACGUGGGGCGCUGACGGGACGUCUCUGAACCUUCUCCUCCCGGGAGGCGCGUGAGCAGGCGGCCUCGGGCCUUCUCCCGGCCUCCUCUCUCCUCGCCCUUCCCGGCCCCGGAGCCAGGUGCGCACCUGCCAGGGCAGGUGAGCUCGGAGACCAGCGGCCCCUGGCUCCUCCGCAGAGCCCGAGGGACAGGGAUGGAGCCAGGGACCAGACGGCGAUGACUGGGAGACGCGGCCCCACCGGCGUGAAAGACCAUCGGACACAGACCCCGGCCACUUGGGAAGUGCUUCCAACAGAGCCCCCGCCUGGUGACCCCGCGGGGGGAACGGCCGCCCUCCAGGUGGCGCCCCUGGGGACGCAGCGGCAUGUUGGGGGUGCCCUGAUGGCCCGGCCACCACACCUCCUCAGGAGCAGCGUUCGACGGGUGUCCCUGGGCCCGGCCCAGAGGAAGAGCGAGACCUUGACUUCCGGGAGGAGUCUCGUAAAAGUGGUUUCAGAGCCUUUGCCGCCACCACGGACGGGGAGGAGGCGGCAGGGCAGGUCCGGGGCCGCAUGGCCAGCCCGCAGCGGCCUUCGCUGGCCGGGGCGCUGCACCUCUUGCAGGGCGGCUGCCACCUCCCGCCAGCCACGCAGGUGACCGUCUGGGCCCGCAGCGAGGCCUCUGCUACUUCUCUCCAGAAAUCCAGGUCUGAGGGCUGCCUGGGCCUCGCGGGCGUCUGGCCCCGACUUCUCCAGGGCGGUGGGCCGGGCCACAGCUGGCCACACACCCACGACGGGGCCCAGGCCCCCAGCAGCGCGGGCCCGCUGGGAGGCAGGGGGAGGACGAGAAGCAUCCGGGGCCCUGCAGUGAACGCAGCCCUGCCUGGCCCCCGGCCCUGCCGGGAUGGCCCCUGCCGGUCUCCUUCAGGGACAUCUGGCCUCAUGCACUCCUGGCUUUGCAGCAGCACCCCAGAGAACAUUGGCAGUGAGACUGGGCCACCCCCCGGGCACGGGUCUGGGCCCACAAGGACGCCACCCAGGGCCCAGUCCAUCACGGGGUGUCCCUUACGGUGCUCUGAGGACCCGCCGGGGCAGGGCUGUGCAGAAGCAGAAGGAGCUACAAGGCCCGGGUCCCCCCUGCCCCCGGCUCCCGCCCAGGUGUCCCCAGCGCCCCCUGCCCCGAGAAGGGGGUCUUCCUGCCGGCAGGACCGGUGCGGGCCCAGCGCGGGGAGCUGUGCGGGGGGCUCUCAGGCAACACGCUCCAACAGUCCCCGGCUGGACGACCAGUGGGGCCGGGAUUCUCGGCCCCGCCCAGUCCCUCCAGUCCCUGCUGCGCAGUCCGGGGGCCUCGGUUCUCGGGAAGUGCCACCACCUGCCCAGUGCAGGUCUGGACACGGCCUGGGGAGCAGGUCGGGGGAGCCCCCAGGCGCCAGCCCCGCCCCGGAUGCUGCCGGGAAACAGGAGCACCUCGAGGACGUGGCCGUGGAGGCAGGAAACCAAACCAGCGGUGACACACCCGAGGGUGUUCUCCCCGAGAAGAGCAAGCCGCCUGUGGUGCCCGGGGCCCCACGGCAUCCUAGCGACGGUCGGUCGCAGGUGUGCGGGCCCGAAGGGACCCCGUGCUCCAGGGGCAGCGGUCAGGCGGAUGCCCCGAAGGCCACCCUGGAAUCCAGGGCCGCGCACGGUCCCCAGGAGGGAGAAGACGCCAUUGGUCUGGACCCCAAACGCCGGGACGACGCCUUGCGGGGUGUUUCAGAAAUGACCCCGGUGGCCGCGUCUCCCCGCAGGGGCAGGCACCCGGGCUGUGGCCAGGGGCCAGAGGGGGCGGCCGGGACCUUGGCCCGGGCCAGGACGCCGGGGCCCGGGGCAGACACGCCUUCCCGGGGCAGGCGCGGGCUCGUUAUCGUCGCCGUGGAGCACAGAGGGCUCCAGGCCACCCGCAGGGGCGCGGGCCUGCUCCCGGGGACGCGCUCCUGUGAGUUCCUGGGGGAAAGGCCACGGUCGCGCCGCGGUGUCGGAGCGGCGCCCUGGGAACCUCCCGGGACUGGGACGCCACGCACUUGGGGGGCGGAGCCCCAGGGGCCCGCAGGCCGCAGCCCGGGGGGUGACGAGGGGACUCCUGUGCACGUGGCCGGGGCUGCUGCGCGAGGCAGAGAAGAGACCGGCUCCCAGGGGCCGGCAGGGGGCAGGCUGAGUCCCCAGGGGCCCGCGGGGGACAAACCGCCGGAGAAGGAACAGAGCUCCGACGAGGGGGCCGCUGCUCGGGUGCCCAGCUCCCCGCCAGAGGACACACGAGGGGGGGCGUGGGCGGGCACGCUGGGCAGCGGGGACCCCGAGGGCGGCGAUGCUCUGGCCUCGUCCCCACGGACCUGCGCGCUCCGCCGGGCUUCCCAGGAGCCGGAGCCACUGCAGCCGCGGGCCGGCGCCCUGGGCGCGGAGGGAGACCGGGAGCGCGGCGCAGAGAGGCCGCCCGCUGUGGACGGCGGGCCGGGGGCGCGCCCCGGGAAGCCGACGCCUCUGCACCACGUGCACGCGCUCGAGGACGCUGAGAUCGCCCCACACAGCCCGGGCGAGGGGGCCGCGGGGCUGGUGGGAGGCGGGGCCGCGGAGACACCCGAGGACCCAGGGGGCAGAGGGCUGGGCGCGGAGAGCUGCGACGCCCCGACGCCCCAAACCCCGGAGAAGAGCCUGUGGGCGAGGCUGGCCACAGCCCACAGGGCCUUCGCCAGUCUCUUUGAGUCCAGAGCUGUGGACAAACAGAACGCGGACCACAGGUCCCCAGGCUCCCCCCGGGGCCCCCCGAAGGGGCGGAGCAGGCGGCCGCAGAGCUCCUGGCGGGCGCUUCUGAAGGGCGAGGCUGCAGGGGCCCCCCAGCGGCCCUCCGCAGUGAGUCCCGGUCCCGGCCCAGAACCCCCUGCGCCCCUCCCGCCUGCCCCGGGGACUCAGGGCCGCUGCGAGGAGCGGCCAGAGGACAAGGGGGGCCACGGGGCACCCCCACCUUCGCCCGGCAGUUCGGUCUGUGCAGAGAGCAGGAGGAAGAGUGACCCCACCAUGCCCUGUGCCAGCCCCGCGAACGGGGGUCGGUGCCUGCACGCAGGGGUCUUGGCCGACAGGUCCUGGCUGGUGCCCCCCACCCGCCCUGGUGCCCGGCAGCGCCGGGUCGCCCUCACCGUCCCCUCUGCCUCCACCUGCUCUCUGGCCUGUGCAAGCCCGGACGCGCCCAGCAGACCCCUGGGCCCCAAGCCCCGGCGGGCGGGCUCCCGCUGCCACCCCGGCAGGGGCAGUGCCGGCUCCAUGGUUCUCCUCGGAAGCCGCGGCCAGGCGGAUGGCAGCCCGCAGGCCCCUGCGGGGCCCAGGACCCACCAGGCCGGCAGGAGCCGCCUGUGCUCUCAGCAGCUGCUGGACUGGGAGGACCGCGAGGAGGAGAGCUGGGAAAGAGGCCGGCGGCUCCGUCCUCUGAGCCCAGCACGCUCGCUCAGGGACCUUCCCCGGAGUGAGGGCUGGAGGAAGAUGACCGGUGCCUCUCCGGGGUCUCUGAGUGCCCCCAGAAGAAGCCGCCCCUUCUCCCAGAGCGCCCCGACAGGACUGGACCGCCUGGGCGGGCCCCAGCGCCGACCUGACCCCGCCAUCCCCGAUGGAGCCCUGGACGUGGCCAUCCAUGCCGACAAGACCGGGAGUGAGGAGGACCUUUACGAGGACGUGCACAGCUCCGGCCACCACUACAGCCACCCCGGCGGCGGCGGAGAGCAGCUGGCCAUCAACGAGCUCAUCAGCGAUGGCGGUGUGGUCUGCGCAGAAGCGCUCUGGGACCACGUCACCAUGGACGACCAGGAGCUGGGCUUCAAGGCUGGGGACGUCGUGGAAGUGAUGGACGCCACCAACAGGGAGUGGUGGUGGGGCCGCGGGGCCGACGGCGAGGGCUGGUUUCCGGCCGGCUUCGUGCGGCUGCGUGUGAACCAGGACGAGCCCUCGGACGAGGAGGCGCUGCGGCCCGGGGCCGGCGGGGCAGAGGACGGCGGGGCGGGCGCGCAGAGCAGCAGCAGGGACCAGAUGCGCACCAACGUCAUCCGGGAGAUCCUCAGCACAGAGCGCGACUACAUCAAGCACCUGCGCGACAUCUGCGAGGGCUACCUCAGGCAGUGUCGCAAGCGCGCCGACAUGUUCAGCGAGGAGCAGCUGCGCACCAUCUUCGGGAACAUCGAGGACAUCUACCGGUACCACUCGGCCUUCGUGCAGGCGCUGGAGCGGAGGUUCGACCGGGAGCGCCCGCACCUGAGCGAGCUGGGCGCCUGCUUCCUGGAGCACCAAGCACACUUCCAGAUCUACUCCGACUACUGCAACAACCACCCCAGCGCCUGCCUGGAGCUCUCGCGGCUCGCCAGGCUCAGCAAGUACACCUACUUCUUCGAGGCCUGCCGGCUGCUGCAGAGGAUGAUCGACAUCUCGCUGGACGGCUUCCUGCUGACGCCGGUGCAGAAGAUCUGCCAGUACCCGCUGCAGCUGGCCGAGCUGCUCAAGUACACGCACCCCCAGCAUCGGGACUUCAAAGACGUGGAAGCCGCCUUGGACGCCAUGAAGAAGGUGGCCCGGCUCAUCAACGAGCGGAAACGCAGGCUUGAGAACGUGGACAAGAUCGCCCAGUGGCAGAGCGCCGUGGAGGGCUGGGAGGGGGAAGACCUCCUGGUCCGGAGCUCGGAGCUCAUCCACUCGGGGGAGCUGACGCUGGUCUCACAGCCCCAAGCCAGGAGCCAGCAGAGGAUGUUCUUCCUCUUCGACCACCAGCUCGUCUACUGCAAGAAGGACCUUCUCCGCCGGGACGUGCUGUACUACAAGGGCCGGGUGGACCUGGAGGGCCUGGAGGUGGUGGACGUGGGGGACUGCAAGGACAGGGACCUUCACGUGAGCGUCAAGCACGCCUUCCGGCUGCGCUGCGGCCCCACGGGCGAGAGCCUCCUGCUGUGCGCCCGGAAGCCUGAGCAGAAGCAGCGCUGGCUGCAGGCCUUUGCCCGGGAGCGGGAGCAGGUGCGGCUGGACCAGGAGACAGGCUUCUCCAUCACCGAGGGGCAGAGGAAGCAGGCCAUGCUGAAGGCCAGCAAGCUGCAGGCGGCUGGGAAGCCCAAAGGGGCUGGCAAGGGGCCCCGGGGGUGGAACGUGUGUCCGCGUGCAGCCAGACUCAUGCCCUGGCCACCUCACAAGGACAGGCCCUCGGCCGGCCCUACUACCUGACGCGCCAGAAGCCCCUGGCGCUGCCCACCAGACCGCCCCGGCAGCAGGCCCUGGUGCUGGCCGAGCCCAAGCGGAAGCCGUCCACCUUCUGGCACAGCAUCAGCCGGCUGGCCCCCUUCCGCAAGUGAGACCGCGCCCCUGGCCGCGCUGUCUGGACCCGCUCCGCUCCGCCAGCUGCCCCCGGCCCUCCCCACCCCUGGGCCUUUGCCCGGCCUGCAAACCGCCAGUGAGCAGGGCUGAGCGUGGGAGAGGCUCGUGCCUCGGGACACACUAGGCCCCGCCCCCUCGACGGACGCACAGGAGACUCCAGCUGGAGGGGCGGGGCCCCGGCCCAGGAUCCGCCCCCCAGGCCGGGCUGACGCAUGAGAGGACCCGCCCCUGGGCCCUCUGCUCCGGACUCUCCUCACGCCUCCUCCUCCUGGUCCCUCCGGGCAGGAGGAGCCCCGAGCCCGCCUGUCUGGCCCCCAGGCCCCCUCCCCUGGUUUGGCGCCAGCAGCGAACACUGUCGGGAGCACCCGCGGAUGGCUGUGUGCCGACUCCAGAACUUGGUUCUGCUGUUUGCGGGGACCCUGCUUUUGUGGUGACGCAGGAGAACGGACGGUGACACAGGACGGUGACACAGGACGGUGACACAGGACGGUGGCCUUACCCCGGGGGAGCGUGGGAAGCCGUGAGGACAGAGUGCCUGGGCCCACUGCUGGCCUGCCCGCCCAGAGCCCCCGCCCGGCCCCCCGCAGCAGCCGACGGUCGCUCGUACUCCUGUGCCUCCCCCCGCCCGAACCCACAUUUAGUUUCAUAAAGAA